AUUCCAUUGUCUCUGCAUUCCAUUUUCUGUUAUUGGGCUGGGAACUACUACUAAAGUCAACACGCAGACCUGGUUGCAUCUCCUUCAACUCUGCACUUCAACCAUGAAACAACUGUUUCACUUUGAUUCCGUGCAUGACGCUACCAGCAAUCCAGCUGGAGACAACGCGAUCCUGCCGACUUUCCAGCAGGUGGCAGAUGAAGAUUAUGUGGCGUUCGUUGACCGCCGAAGGGCACGGAUUGGAAAAGAAGCACCUCGGCCGCCCCAUUAUACUCACUCGCGCUGGGGUGGCGUCACGAGAGUAGCAACGCCCGACCGGUUGCCGAAAACCCAGGACCAACUUGAUUUGAAGGAAUUUCUUCGCCAGCCAUUGAGCAAUAAUGAGAUCGAUACGGUGAUCGAACAUCAUUUUUGUUACGAUCCAUGGCACCAGUAUGAACAAGAAGAUCGUCAAGAAAUGCAGCGGAUCUACUACCUUCCGGGCGCAGCGGCUAAACUGGGUGGGUGGGAGGGAGUACAGAAGGCUCAUAUCAUGAGUCGACAUCGCAUCAAAGAACGCUGGCAACAGCUAGGGGUCUGGGAUCUCAAAUGGGGAAUCCCCGUCAAUCUAAAGGGAUUAUUUCAGCCCGCCGACGAGUUCAAUUGGUGGCCGUGGCUUAAUCCAGGUUAUGCACUCUCACCGAUUGGAAAUGCAAAACUAAAAGAGCCUGAAAUUUGUGCCGCUCGACGGUAUCUCCAGAAGAAAAAAGAGCAGGGGCGCGAGGCUGAGGCUCCGGCUCGCAUAAUGGAGCUUGCCAACCGGGCAGCUGGCAUCUCCGCAAAUCAUGACGAGUCCCCGAUCACAAGUCGGCCUUGGUUCCUCUUUGCACUAGAAGUGGCAGCGGAAGAGGUGAGGCUGGGACGCCACCCACGGGCAGACAGGCACGACACUUUUCUAACAGCACGGAUAAACGUGGCAGCCCGAUGGCAACGGGACGGAUACUGGAAAGACAGCUGGACUGACAAUGCGAAGUUUGGCAGUUUCGAGGAUGGAUGGAGCAGCUUGCCGGGAUGGACAUGGGGACAUGAGUUGCCUUCCCCAGGAACCCCGGAUCCAGAUGGCAUGGAAUUCACCCCGUCCGAGAUUGAUGCCAUUGAAGCGAUACGCCCUCCCACACCGCCCCCAUGGCCGAAGCCGGCCCCCGGUGCCUCUCCUGCCGCGUGGCACGUCUGGAAACAUUUCAACAAACGGCUUGCUUCCGACUUGGCCGAGCAACAGUCAACUCCUCGCCCUCCAGACGAUGACGAGGAUUCACUCGGUAGACCAGGUGCCGUAGCUUCUGGAACAGCUGGAGAGUCCGCACACCAGUCGAUACUAGAGGAUGACGCGGACAUGGCUCCACGGGCAGAACACAGCCGAGCCUCGAUCCGGGCUACAACUUCACGCAACUUGCACCGGCAGGCACGUCAGUCGGCCACGGCCACGACCACACGUCGUCCGUUGACACGCCUGGACGCCGGCACCACUUGUUCGGAUCCGGCUUCGAUCGCAAGCCCGUCUGCAGCUGGUCGGAAUCGAAAAUCCAAGGGCGACGCCAAGGUGAUUCGAGCUCCGAUUCCGAAGCCCAAGCAAGCUCCGCCAACCCGUCGCAGCCUCCGCGUCGCCGGGAGACAAAGGCGCUCGGAAGGUGUAACUGUACCGGUUGGCGAUGCCGCCUCAUCGGAACCCCUCAAAGCUAAAGACCACGGCCAUGUGGCGCCCCGGCCACAGCGGAAUCGGCAGGUCAAGGAGACGUCAACGAGGACCACAGGAAGAACGGCGAAUCGCGCCCAGGGAAGACGUGCACCAAUAUCCCCGAAACUGCAGGGCGUCGUCAAAGAGAAGCGCACGGGCCGUUUACGACGUUAGGAAAGCUUUACAACAGGGAAUGAAUUGGACUCCGCGGGCGUUGUUCUUGGGAUUAGGAUUGCCAAAGCCUCUGCGGGCAUAGCUGUAGGGAUUUUGCCAUGAGGAGUGAGAGUGUACAGUGCUACCAUCACUAUCAGGAAGUACUGUUACCGGCACUCCACUCUACGGGCUCAGGCGGGACCCCGGUACGGACCGUCAUCGACAUGCGAUCCCCUGCACUUCUGUUUGCCGAUAAGGAUGUUUGAAUCUGCAGUUCUAGAGCGGACCUCUGUUAUUACGCCUUGAAGUUUGAGCUUUAGUAUCGCCGCUUCUGUGGUAUAGAAAUAUAUUGCCUAAGUACUCUA